UCUAUUUGUCCUUUAGUCGCGAAUUGAUACCGUUCGUGAGCUGUUCUGUGUGAGAGAGAAAAAUUCUAUUAAUUUGCCGAAAAAUGUCGGGAAAGCCCCAAUUGACGAAGGAUGCCGUCUGGCAAAAGAUUUUCGCCUACUUUCAAGCCAACGGCACGAAAAUCAACAUCAAGGAGAUGUUCGACAAGGAUCCAAAGCGAUUCGAGAAAUUCAGCUUGAGAUUGUCAACUCCCAACGAUGGCGAUAUCCUGUUGGAUUACUCGAAGAAUCGCAUUAACGACGAAGUUUGGCCGAUGUUGUUGCAACUUGCGGAAUCGCGAGGCCUUGCGGAAGCCCGUGAAGCGAUGUUCAGCGGUCAACACAUCAAUAUUACCGAAGAUCGUGCCGUUUUGCACACCGCUUUGCGUAAUCGCUCCAACAAGCCCGUCAUGGUCGAUGGCAAGGAUGUCAUGCCCGAAGUGAAUGCUGUCUUGGCGCACAUGAAGGAGUUCAGCAACCAAGUAAUUUCGGGCGAAUGGAAGGGUUACACGGGCAAAAAAAUCACGGAUGUCGUCAAUAUCGGUAUCGGAGGCUCCGAUCUUGGUCCGUUGAUGGUAACGGAAGCCUUGAAAAUCUACUCCAAGGGACUCGGUGUACAUUUCGUGUCGAAUAUCGAUGGCACGCACUUGGCUGAAGUCCUGAAAAAAGUGAAUGCCGAAACAACGUUGUUCAUUAUCGCAUCGAAGACGUUCACGACGCAGGAAACUAUCACGAAUGCGACCUCCGCGAAGAACUGGCUGUUGGAACAGGCGAAAGAUCAGUCUGCGGUGGCGAAACAUUUCGUUGCGUUGUCAACGGCGAAGCCAUUAGUCGAGGCAUUCGGUAUCGAUUCGAAGAAUAUGUUCGGAUUCUGGGACUGGGUUGGAGGACGUUACUCCUUGUGGUCCGCAAUUGGGCUUUCGAUCUGCUUAUCGGUCGGCUACGAGAAUUUCGAGAAACUUUUGGAAGGCGCUCACUUCAUGGACAACCAUUUCCGUACGGCGCCCCUUGCCCAAAACGCUCCCGUUAUUCUCGCCCUCAUGGGAAUCUGGUACACGAAUUUCUAUGGCUGCGAAACGCACGCGUUGCUGCCCUACGACCAAUAUUUGCACCGUUUCGCCGCGUAUUUCCAGCAAGGCGACAUGGAAAGUAACGGAAAGUACGUCACGAAGGGCAGCGAACGUGUCAGUUAUGGCACGGGACCUAUCGUAUGGGGCGAGCCUGGCACCAAUGGUCAACAUGCAUUUUAUCAGCUCAUCCAUCAGGGCACCUUGCUCAUUCCAUGCGACUUUAUUGCGCCCGCUAACACCCACAAUCCCAUUGCCGGCGGUGUGCAUCACAAAAUUUUGCUCGCCAACUUCUUGGCGCAAACGGAAGCUCUCAUGGCGGGCAAAACCGAGGCACAAGCCAAGGCGGAGCUGGAAAAGGCCGGCGUUACGGGAGACAAACUCGCCAAACUCUUGCCACACAAAGUUUUCCUCGGAAAUCGUCCCACCAAUUCGAUUGUCGUGAAGAAAGUGACGCCAUUUGCCUUGGGUGCCCUCAUCGCCAUGUACGAACACAAGAUCUUCACGCAGGGCAUCAUUUGGGACAUUAACUCGUUCGAUCAGUGGGGCGUCGAAUUGGGCAAGCAACUUGCCAAAGCUAUCGAGCCGGAGCUUGCCAACAAGGAUAAAGUCAGCUCACACGAUUCCUCCACAAAUGGCUUGAUCAAUUUCCUCAAGGAAAAUUGGUAAAUGUUUGAAUGUUUUUGACACACGAGAGGCAAUGAUGAUGAUGAAACAGGAGAAAAAUUCUUAAAAACUUAGUCAGUAGAGAAGCUUUUAGAUUCACGCUUUGAAAAUCUACCAAAAAAAAAAAAAAUGUAUCGUUAAAAUUUUUGUUAAAACAGAUCACUACACAAAAGAUCAAUAAAGUUGUUGUUAGUCUUCAAUUUGAGUUCAAUUGAA